AUGGAGCGUGAGGCCUGGUGGAUACGCGUAAAGCGCGAGCGUCACUGGGCUGAGCCUGGCAAACAUGCUCCAGGCCAAUCUGUCUCUCAUGACCAUUGGACAGACAAGGCUUCGAUAUUGAGUCUCGAGUCUCUUAAGGUCAACGCCUUUGGCCAUUUCAUCCAGCCCAUCGCCAUUAUCAUGAUUGAAGGCUAUCGCGAACGAAACAAGCUCACGCCUCUUGGACUACCUUCCUUGUGGCUCAUGCUCUUUCAACACGCCGGAAUUGGAGGCGCCAUGCCUUUCUACUAUCUCAUUUAUACCCUGAUAUCAGACGCCGAAUCUUACUGGUGGCCUCUGAGAAGAUUCGUUCCUCUACAUCACGCCAGCUAUAUUUUAUCUGCGUACGUGAUGUCAGAAGCAACUCACGUCGGUCUUGUUUUGUCAACAAUGUAUCUCCCCAAGUGGAUGCAGGCCGCCAAGUCAUUUUGGCCCUUACUGGUUCCCGUAUUGGUCGGAAUGUUGGGAUCUUUCUAUGACCAUAAAACUGCACGAAAUCUGAAUACAACACUAAGAGUCGAACUAAAGAUUCUAAUUAGAGUAUACUUGGCUGCUGGACUUUUCGGUACUUUGUAUCAUUGGUUUGCCAUUAUGCAAGCCGUUCGCAACGUUGACCUCGACAUAAUACUCAACUUCAGCCGGCCGAUUAUACUCGAGGAGUCACUCCAUAUUCUAGUGGGCCAGCAGGGCGGACUACUUGCAUACUUCCUAGCGUCGUAUGUGUGGACAGUUCAAGCUAUCUGGGAUUUGAACAGAGUUGGACGAGCCAACACGAACCUGUUCACCACAUCACUCUGGAUCAUGCUUGCGUUUGUGACUUUUGGACCCAGUGCUAGCGUUGCUGGUGUCUGGUAUAUAUGA